AUGAAAAAUCAGUUAUUCAUUGUGAUCCAAAUCAUUGGUUACUUAUCUCAAGGGUUUGGAUUCUCUGGUGGACUAUGUCCAGCAGGCUUCUCAUGUCGAAACUUCAAAAAUAACACUCCACCGACUCCUUGCCCACCGGGUACAUUUAGUGAACUUGGUCAACAUGACUGUACACCGUGUGCUCCAGGCUACCACACGAAUCAUAGUGCUUCUGAGUCCUGCAAAGCAUGUCAAGCAGGCUUUAUGUGUCCAUUUGCCGAUCAAAAUCCAGUGGCUUGUCCUGUAGGUACAUAUACUUCUUGUACCAGACAAUCAUGCUGUUCUGUCUGCCCAGUCGGUACUUACAACACUCAUAUUGCAUCAACCGAUUGCGUAAAAUGUCCUGCCGGUGUCUCAUGUCGCCCAGUCUCUCCACCUAGCUGCGAUAGUGCUAUUCUUACACCGGAAUACCAAAUCACUUUAAACCAAUUUGCAGGUAAAACAAAUCCUCUAUGGAAACUGAUUUAUAAAGCUACUAGAGAUGGUUUUCUUGCAACGGAUUUCCAUUAUCAUUGCAAUGAUAAAACUGAAACAAUGACUUUAAUAAAAUCAAAGGACGGCUACAUUUUCGGCGGUUAUGCACAUAUGUCAUGGAGCUCUGGAAACUCCUAUAUAAGGGAUCCAAAAGCCUUUGUCUUUACAUUAAAAAACCCGCAUUCUAUUCGACCGACUCGCUACUUGCUCAAGAGUGGCUCUGAAGCCUAUGCGCUAUAUGCUCAUGCAAGCUACGGUCCAACAUUCGGCAAUGGGCCUGAUAUUCGUGUGCCCGAUCAAAGCAAUCUGGUGAAGGGCACUUUUAAUUUUGGAUCUACGUAUGCGGACACCACUGCAAGAGGAUCAGCCACGUUUACAGGAAGUUCCAGCUUCGAAAUCGGUGAAAUUUUAGUUUACCAAUUGUUUGGAUAA